UAAAGAUUAUUUAAGUUUUUAAGACAAUCACUCAGAAGUUGCAGUAAAAUGGAUUUCCAGCGUUUUUUCUUAACCUUUAUACCCAUUAUUCUUAUUUUAAAAUGUUGUGAUGCAGGCACAGUAACAACAGAGUCGUUCCUCAAGGCACGGAUGGGAUGGCAUCCUAUUAACUUUAAGUGUACCUACACGUUAGAAUCAGAUGAAAGUGUUAGUGAUGGGGACAUUUCCUGGCAGAUAGAAAGAGUAAAAGGAAGUGGGAACUUCGAAACAAUUGCGACGUAUUCUCCCACUAAACCAAACCAGUUCGCCAAGACGCCGAUUGGUUCGGCGUUCAAAACUCGAUCUAUACUGCCUGAUGUUGUUGCCGAAGGCUCGGACACGUUUUCUGCCGUAUUCAGAGUGUACGAAGUGCGGUGUGAAGACGAAGGGAAUUUCAGGUGUUUGGUUGUGUUUUCCAAUGGUACAGACACAUAUAAUGAAACUUCGGAGUCGUCCUUGCUUGUGACGGCUCCUGCUGAAAAGCCAUACAGCCCCCCGGAGCCCAAUCCAGAUAACAUCGAAGAGGGCAUGAAAGUGCAGUUUUCUUGUACUGCCAAUGUCGGGAAACCCCCAGGAAAUAUUAAAUGGUGGCGCUUCCGAAAAGGCCAAUCUGUGCCUGAAUUCAUGGGGGAAUCGAACACUACCCCCUUGAUGCAGACAGAUACUUGUGCAUAUAACUUGACUAGCUCUAUUUCUGCGCUAACCAUGUCUAGGAAUGACGACCAAUCGGUUUGGAGAUGCUCUGUUAACAACAAUCUGCUCACAGCUUAUCCUGACUACGAGAAACCACACGAAGACUCGAAGAAAAUACGAGUUUAUUAUGCCGUUAGCACUCCUUCUAUCGAAAUAACACCAAAUUAUUCCAAGUACCAAGAGGGGAGUAACAUUACAAUAUACUGUUCCGCCGAUGGCAACCCAAGUCCUCUGAUUGACAACCACAUCAACUACUAUAUCUGGACAUUCAAGCCCCGGGGUAAAUCUGAUGACGUUAUACUGACCUCUAAUAACGGGCUACUGGCUCUCCAAAACAUACAAGAGAAGGACUCAGGGAGGUACACCUGUACUGCACAUAAUAGCUUCAACGGAAAGAAUUUCAGCAGCUCCAAUCAUGUGGAGAUCAAUAUUCAUGCAGGUAAUAAUUAAAAAUAGUUAAAUUAUAUGU